AUGUCAACGCCUCCUCUCUCUUGUAUCCGUCGCUUUUGGCUCUCUCUCUCUCUCUCUCUCUCUCUCUCUCUCUCUCUCUCUCUCUCUCUCUCUCUCUCUCUCUCUCUCUCUCUCUCUCUCUCUCUCUCUCCUCGAUUGUCAGAUUUGAAAGGCCGAUAUCGUCACUGCAUUCGUGAAAGCAUGCGAACAACACUCGCUCUCUCCCUUGUUCAUUCUACACCUCUUCAGUACAACCUCGCCAACCUCUCUCUCUCUGAAAGGAAAAAGGGCCCCUCCUCCGGUGUUCCGCCUAAUCCGUGCAACGCCACGCGUAGCAUAGCCGUCAUCCAAGCUCGCUUCCGCUCGGGGCAGGGAUUUCUAUUGGCCCCGUCGCACCGCACAACCGCCCGCCUCCCUAACGAGGCCUCUCUGGCCUGCUCCUCCGAUAUCCGGCAUGACGCUGGUUCGGAUCUCGGUGCCAGCGCCUUGCUCGCGGCUUGGAUUGAAGGCUAUGCCCAGCAUCUUCUCAGCCGUCAAACCUCGUCGGAUCGCACCGUCGCCUUUCACUUUUGCGAGUGCACCCCAUACUCUCAUCUUCAACGCACCACACUUUGCAAGCUCAUCACCGACCUGGAGCUACAGCUCGGCCAACACGAUGCUGCCCCUCUCCACCUCCUCAAUGUCAACGCCCUUAUCGCCAGGCUGCAGGCCCUCCUUUCCCGCAAUCAGCGACCGGCCAUCAUCCUCCUGACAGACCUUCAACUCUGGAGCCUCGGCAGUUCCACCUCGGACCUCACCUGGCUCACUGAGCUCGCGUCUCGGCCCAACACAACCCUCGUACUAGCCACGAGCGAAAGCAAGCUGACGCGUCAUUUUAAGCGAACCCCCGGCUACCACCGCUACCCACUUUUAACGCGUGAUCGCAACGCCGUCAUGGCUGAAACCGCCGCUACCAUGUCCCACGCGCUCGGUACCUCGGUCCACGUUGGCCAGCUCUUCCCAGUCUUUCAGGAGAUCAAGGAUACCCAUGUAAAAAGUCACCACCGCUCCGCCUCUUCCCUCAUCAAUAGGAACGUGGCGCGCCUUCUGGCUCGGGCCUCUGCAGCGCUAGCUCUUGGCGAAGAAAAGCCCUCGCUCCGCACAGAUGCUGCCAUCCGACAUGCGCUUCAGCUUUCGGCUCAACCUAGCCAGCAAAAGCGCAUGGAGAGUGUUUUGGAUGCCGUUCUUGCGACGCACAACUCCGUCCGCCGCGACCUGAUUCAAGUCUUGGCAAUCAUCGCUGCCACCGCAACGGGUGCCUCACCAGCUGAGCUGUCUCUAUUGCUCGGACCCGACCCUUUGACAUUGCGCACAACACUUCUUCUGCCGCUACAACCCCUGCUACAGGGUGACGUCAACGAUGUAGUGCCCCUUCAUCUGGUUUCACCGCUUUUGAAAUCAGGCAUUGCUCACUGGGCAGCUGAGCUCGGGAUCGAGGCUGACUGGGCACAGCAUUGCCGGUGGCGACUGUUUCUGAGCAUUCGACACCACGAGCCUGAACAGGAACCGCGUUGUGCGUCCGAGCUUCAAGCAUGGCCACCGACCCCGGGCCAGGCCACUCCUGAAAAUGCUAUGUUACUCGUGGCCGCCGCGUCCCCUACGCUAGUUGGCACUGAGCUCAAUUUUGCGGACAUGACCAAGUUGGCCACGCCAUCGGCGUUUGAGGAGCUCAUGCAGGUGCUGCGUUUGCAUCGAGCAUUUAAAUCCAUCGAGUUACACAAAAACCAUAUCACGCGUACUGGAGCCAUGGCCAUGGCCCUGCAUCUACCAGCUCGUGCCUUGGUAUCUGGCGUUGAGGAGUGGAAGCGAGCUUCUGUGCUGGUAGCCAUUCGAGAAGGCACUGCCAGCGAACUUUGCCUGGAUGAGAACAUGAUUCUGCCUCCCCCCAUUAUCAAUUUCCUGGGCAAUGCGCUGGCCUCUUGUGAAGCCGUCACCCGCAUCACGCUGGUUCGCCAGACGCUAACAGACGACCAAGCAACAGCACUUGGACACGCUAUGGCGCGCAUGCCAAGCCUUACGCACCUCAAAUGGAGCAAUUGUGGCUUGAACAACAACGGGGUCCUUGCCCUCUGUGAUGACCGACACAAUGCAUUGCGUCUGCGCCAGCUCGACUUGUCUCAGAAUAAACUGCGAGACGAUGUUGGUGCUGCCCUCGGCCGGUGUUUGAAGGGAGCCAGCCCCUUGACACAUCUCAAUUUGGCGGACAACCUUUUGCAAGACAAGGGUUCGCGAGGGCUUGGCGAUGCGCUCAAGAACAACACAAAUCUGAAAGUGCUCAACUUGUCUCGGAACAAAUAUAUUACGCAGAUGGGCGUUCGCUUCCUCUGCGAAGGCCUCAAGUCCAAUACGGGGCUGCGCCUAUUUGCAUUUGUCGACAAUAUUGGCACUGGGGAUGCUGGAGCCCUGCAGUUUGCAGAAGCUCUUCGUCACAAUCGAAGCCUUGAGGAGCUCGAUAUACAUGGCAACAAUAUCGGCCCAGUGGGCCUGAAUGCUUUACAGGACGCCGCGCAAAAUUGGCCCGGUCAUCUCCAAGUUUAAGCCCUCUACAAGUUUCACAUGUCAUUUCUCAGCUGCUACCAACAUUCAAUUUACAUCUGAUCGAC